GCUAAGCUAAAGCUGAUGAGUCUUUUUCUUUCUUUUACACGCACACACACACACACACACACACACACGCACAUAUACACACUAACUUCAGUCAUUCAGCAAUUGACAGCAUUUACAGCAUUCAGUCAAUCAACUGCUAUGGGAUGGGGGAAUUACUUCACCCAACCUUUUUUGCUUGAUUUUUCUUGUAGUUCUGAGGUAGAGAAAGAGGAACAAGGAGAAGACAGGAGAAAACAGAAGAAAAGAGAAGACAGACAUGGGAAGAAGGGAGAAGACAGCAGAAGACGGUUUAGUUUGGACAAGCGGUGACAGGAGAAGAAGACAGAAGACAGGCAGAGACAGUAGACGGCAGAAGACAGGAGAAGAAGACAGAAGAUAGGAGGAGACAAAAGACAGAAGAAGCGAGAAAACCAGAGGAGACUGAGCUUUGGUUUGGACAGGAGGAGACAGAGGUUUAGUCUGGACAGAAGGAGACGGGGGUUUGGUUUGAACAGGAGGAGACAGGAGACAGGAGGAGACAGAGGUUUAGUCUGGACAGGAGGAGACGGGGGUUUGGUUUGGAUGGAGUGAGUGGAGUUUAUUUGGAGAUCAGGCCAUGAUGAAGCUGCAACUCAACCUCCUGCUCCUGCUGUGUAGCUCCAUCUGUCUGCAACUUCUGCAACUUCUCCAUCACACUCACGCUCACACUGCAGCUCUUUGGGAAGCUGAUCCUACAUACUGGAAUGAACAAGCAAAGAAAACUCUGGAUGAUGCACUUAAACUCCAGCCAAUGACUCACAGAGCCAAAAACAUCAUCCUCUUCCUCGGUGAUGGAAUGGGCGUGUCCACUGUCUCAGCUGCCCGAAUCCUGAGAGGACAGAUGGAUGGAGGAUCAGGGGAGGAGACUAUCCUCGCCUUGGAUACAUUUCCUUACCUUGCUCUGUCAAAGACAUACAGCGUGGAUAAGCAGGUAGCGGACAGUGCAAGCACAGCUACAGCGUACCACUGUGGUGUUAAAGCGAACUCUAAAACUGUGGGUCUCAGUGCGACCGCCAUCCCCUACGAGUGCAACACAACCUUCGGAAAUGAAGUUUACUCCGUCCUGCACCGUGCUAAAUUGCAAGGUAAAUCAGUUGGCAUUGUGACCACCACUCGAGUCCAGCAUGCAUCUCCGGCAGCGGCGUAUGCCCACUCCGUGAGCCGUAGCUGGUACAGUGAUUCUGAUUUACCACCUGAAGCCCAACAAGACGGCUGUGUGGACAUUUCCACUCAACUUAUCACCAACACUGACAUUGAUGUUAUACUCGGAGGUGGACGGAUGUACAUGACACCUAAGGGCACUCCGGAUCCAGAAUAUCCAUCUUCAUCAUCAAGGAAAGGUGACCGUGAGGACAAGAGGAACUUGAUUGAGGCAUGGCUAGAUAAGCAAAAGGACAGAAGCGUUCAUUUUGUUUGGAAUAAAGAGCAGUUUAAUGCAGUGGAUGUGAACACUACAGACUGUCUGAUGGGGCUGUUUGAACCAAAGGACAUGAAGUUUGAGGUGUUCAGGAACCGGACAAGUGAUCCCUCCAUCGUGGACAUGACUGAGAAAGCCAUUCAGAUCCUCAAGAAGAACCCAAAUGGAUUUUUCCUUUUUGUGGAAGGGGGCAGGAUCGAUCAUGGCCACCACGCUGGCAUCGCUAAACUGGCGCUAACAGAGACAGUGACGUUCGACCGAGCAGUUCGUCGAGCAUCUCAGCUCACCGAAGAGUCUGAAACUCUCACCAUCGUCACUGCAGAUCACUCACACGUUUUCACAUUUGGCGGGAGCACACCACGGGGGAACCCUAUUUUUGGUCUGGCACCGAAGAAUGCAGAUGACAGACUUCCAUUUACUAGUAUUCUGUAUGCUAACGGGCCCGGAUAUGUGCAUGUAAACGGGACAAGAGCGAACGUGUCAGCGGUGGAUUACUUCGAUGAGGAAUACAUGCAACAGGCUGCUGUGCCAUUAGACGCUGAGACUCAUGGAGGCGAAGAUGUGGCGAUUUACGCUAAAGGCCCAAUGGCACAUCUUUUCCAUGGAGUUAAAGAGCAACAUUACAUCGCUCACGUGAUGGCAUAUGCCGCCUGCCUCCAUCCCUACACCGACUGUCCCCCUGAGCUUAACUCUGCCCCCCGACUCGCUCUCUCUUUGUCGCUCAGUUUAUCAUGUGCAGUGAUUUGGUUUAGCUCAAGAUGAUGGUGUUAAUCUACCCCUGUGCUCCAAAAUAUUAGUCAGGUAACUAGGUAGCUUAGCUAAUGUUAAUGCUACCUCUGACGUUAACCUAUCCAGCCAAGUUUUCUAGCUGAUAUUAAGUAAACUAUUAUACUGUGCAAUUAAAAGUAAAGGCUAGCAUGUAUUUGCCAGCAUGUUAGCUAAACACAAUCAGAUGUGAAUUUGUGAGGGGAAGGUGACGAGCAUUUGUUGAAGACUUUAUUUGAAACUCAGGGAUGGUUUUGUAACAGAGUCCCUUUUUUUAUAUAAAUAUUGUUUUUGCAGUUUUACAAUCAUUUCACCCAUCCAUGAUCACCUAUAUAAAGAAAAUGCUUUAAGUAGAUGUUAGUGUGUCUUUUUUCAUAUUUUAACUUGGGUUUUGUUUGUUUGUUUGUUUUAAACGAGCGAAUUUUCUAUGCAGAAGUUUUAUAUGAAUUUUCUAAAGUAGGAGUAUUCUGUACAGUUUAUAUUUACUGUAUAAUGCAAACUGAACCAAAUUUUUAAAAAAAUUAAAUGCUCUUAUAUUUUACAUAUUAU